AUGACUUAUGUUCAUUGUAGUAAGCCAGAGCAUCAUCACAAGUUUGGCGAGUUUGAUGAGUUUGGACAGCGAAACAAGUCCACAAAAAUACGCGCACAGUGCCAAACUGUCAGCCAUUCCCCGCUCACUGUCUUCACUCAUCCUCAAUCAAUCCCUCAUUCAACACUCAACCACAUGCGCCAUCUCCCUCUCCGCCAGUGCUUCAAACCGCGCUUUCGUCUCUCUCUUACCCGACCAUUCACCAUGACUCAGAAAACACAAGAACCCGUCAUUACCAAAACCUCUGACCUCCCCAUUGAUGAGGCAAAGUGGGUAACCCUCAAAAAGAUCGAGUACGUCGAUCAAGUCGGAAAGGCACGAACAUGGGAGGUCGCAACACGAAAAACAAGAGGAAAAUCUGGUGUUGAUGCUGUAGCUAUGGGAAACAUUCUUCUUCAUCCAUCAAAGCCUGCUUCCACUCUACUCGUCAUUCAAUACCGACCCCCUCUUGAUGCCUACACCAUCGAAUGGCCUGCUGGACUCAUCGACGCUGAAGAGACUGCUGAAGAAGCAGCUGUUCGAGAAUUCAAGGAGGAAACUGGAUAUGAUUGCAAGGUUUUGAGUGUCAGUCCUGCGCAAGCUGCCGAUCCCGGAAUGACAAACGCCAACAUGCAACUGGCCAUGGUUGAGGUUCAAUUGGGCGAAAACGAUGAGGAGCCGGAACAAAGACUUGACGAUGGAGAACACAUUCAACGGGAGAUUAUUCCUUUGUCUGAACUGUAUCAGCGCUUGGUUGAGUACUCCAAGAGAGAGCGUACAGUUGUUGCGGCCAAACUUUUUCACUUUGCUGCAGGCAUGCAUUUUGCCCAAACUCAGAACAUUGAUUAUCCGACAAGUUAUCCCAAUGAAGCCUUUCACCUCAUGAUCGUAGUCUCGGGUUCCUGCCUUCUAGGUCGCAGCGCCUUCUUCGGGAUCUACCCGGCUGAGUCAUCAGUUAAAUGGCAACUCACCCCUCCAUUGUCGCACCUUCAUCUGUCACCAACAAUUCUCAUGGACCCAAACUUAGGAUUUCUUCCUUGUACGACAGAUGGGGAGAUCAAUGAUGGCGCUUUUGGAUUGACGCAACCGAUAUAUCCCGGCCAGGACCCCAAUUCAGUGGAAUCCAGGCCCAGAGUCGCCAAAGCCUGUGAGACGUGUCGGAGAAGGAAGCGAAAGCGAGACUCUGAGCUUGUAUCCAACCUUGAAGAUCAAGUCCUUGCCCUCAAAGACUACGUAAGAAAGCUUGAGGCUGCAUGUGGAUAUGCUAAUCUUCCAGACUUUGCAUCGAGCAGUCUAGAAGAUGAUGCUGCGCACACCGUGGAUGACAGCCAAACCUCUGCCAUCAAUGACGUGAGCUCAAUGAUGUGGCGGAUGAACCUUCAUGGUAGUGGAGAGACAUCCUUUCUUGGUCCAUCUGGUAGCUUCUGUUUCCCUGUUACGAACCAUGGCAUUGAGACCGAGGCCAUCAGGCCUGAGCCGGAAACGGAGAGUGUUCAAGCGCUACUCGACCUGUUCCGACAGCACAUCAAUUCAGUCCAUCAUUUCGUCCCUCCUCAUGUCAUCGAAACUCUCAAAGCGCCUCAAGAGACUCUUGAAGGUGAGCUGUUGCAAGUAUCAGUCUUGGCAGCAGCGAGUCUUUUCGCGGAUUCACAGGGGCAGAUGCAUGCUGACCGAGCUGAGGCUAUCGUGAUGGAGUGUUGCCGUACAAUCCCUAACACUGUGACGGCACAGGCCCUGGCGAUAUUGACUUGGCGCGAGCUGGCACUGGAAAACGAGAACAAUGCAUGGCUGUAUAAUUCUAUGGCGGCGAGCCUGAUAGUUCACCUCGGGCUGCAUGUGAGUUCUCUCGAGAAUGUCAUGCAGAUACCGAUUGGGCCGCCUUCAGACUCAAUUGAGAAGAGCGUACGUGUACAAACGUUCUGGUCGGUCUUUUUAAUGGACAGAAUUUCCACCUCGAUGCUCGGACGGAAUUGCAUGAUUCCGUGGCGGAGAGUUCGAGCGACACCGUAUCUCAAAGCAUGCAGCAACCCCACGACAGAGGACACGGUCUUUGACGCUCACUGCCAGAUGUGGUUCAUUCACGACCGAUACAUGGAUAAAAUCUACUCUUUCGAGUUUGGAGAACUUGAACAUUUCGAACGGCAUCAACUUCUCUCGGAAGCCAGAGAUCAUCAUAUGAACUUCUUCCGCCAAAUGGGCCGCGACCUUGAACUUCGAAAAAACAACAUGAACCCCCAAGUCAUCCUCCUUCAUAUGGUCUAUAACAUGUCGUUACUUCUGAUACAUCGGCCAUAUCUCAGGGAACUGAAUGGGAGUGCCGCUCAUCAAUUAUCCAUCAGAACAAACAUGACCUCCGCACACGCCCUUGUCAGAUUAAUCCGACAAUACGACAAAGAGGCCAAGAUGGAGAACGCCCCGUUCUUUGCGAUACACUGUGUUCUUACAGCUGCUGUGAGUCUACUGCUGAAUGCGACAUCAACCAACUCGACCAUUCGCAGCCAAUCGGUACACCGGUUCCGAGUCUGUGUUGAUGCAUUGGAAAAAAUGAAAAGAUGGACAAGGGCAAGACGAGGUCUGUUGCUUCUGAGAGAGCUGGCCAACAGAUGGAAGGUUGUUUCGGCGUUGCCUAUGAGGCACAGUGUUCCUCUCAUCGCACCGACACAGGAGACCACUCCGCAAGCCGAUACCAAUGAUCUAGAUUGGGGUAUGCUGUUUGCCAAUCUCGAAGAGCCUCUGAAUUUGGAUACCAUUGACCUGUCGACGCCUACGGGAGAAUGGGUGUUUCACGAAAGCGACUAG